AUAGAAUAAAAGGGGCCCGCAAGACAUCAAACCACCGAAGAGUUAAACAACACAAGAAGAAACAAAGGGAGAAGGAAGAAGAGAUAUGGGUGCACCGAAGAAAGGUGUGUCGAGGGUUUCAGAUGACCCUGAGGAACUUGCUCGUCACCCCUUGCAGGCAAUUCUCUUGGCGGAUAGCUUCGCCACCAAGUUCCGCCCCAUCACUCUUGAACGGCCCAAGGUGCUUUUGCCUUUGGUGAAUAUCCCCAUGAUAAAUUACACUCUGGCAUGGCUUGAAUCUGCUGGUGUUGAAGAGGUUUUUGUGUUCUGCUGCGCGCAUUCUGGACAAGUCAUCGAUUAUUUGAAGGGUUCCGAAUGGGUUUCCCAACCCAGCUUUUCAGUGACCACUAUAGAAUCCCAUAAUUCUAUCAGUGCUGGUGAUGCUUUGCGCUUAAUUUACGAGCGCAAUGUGAUACAUGGAGAUUUUGUUCUUAUUAGUGGAGAUACUGUUAGCAAUAUGUCACUUACACAGGCACUUCAAGAGCACAAGGAGAGAAGGAAAAAUGAUGCUAAUGCUAUAAUGACCAUGGUUAUUAAACGGUCAAAGCCUUCCCAGAUAACUAGACAGUCUCGACUUGGCACUGAUGAAUUAUUUAUGGCAAUAAAUCCUGACACAAAACAGCUUCUCUACUAUGAAGAUAAAGCAGACAAUUCAAAAGGGACUCUUUCUCUUGAUAAGACAUUGCUGGCUGCUAAUCCUGCCAUUUCAUUGCACAAUGAUAAACAGGAUUGCUAUAUUGACGUAUGCUCUCCAGAAGUACUGAGUCUUUUUACUGAUAAUUUUGAUUAUCAGCAACUACGACGCCAUUUCGUCAAGGGAUUGCUUGUGGAUGAUAUUAUGGGUUACAAGAUUUUCACACAUGAAAUUCACUCAAGUUAUGCGGCUAGGAUAGAUAAUUUUAGAAGCUAUGAUGCCAUUAGCAAGGACAUAAUUCAGAGGUGGACUUACCCCUAUGUGCCAGAUGUAAAAUUUUGUGGAAACCCUGGAACGAAGCUUGAGAGACAGGGAAUGUAUCGAGCAACAGAAAUAGUAUUGUCACGUUCUGCUCAAAUUGGUCCUUUCAGUGUCAUUGGAUAUGGCACCAAAAUCGGCAACGAUACCAAAAUUUCAAAUUCGGUCAUUGGCGAGGGGUGUAGUAUUGGAUCAAAUGUUUCAAUAGAAGGUUCCUACAUCUGGAAUAAUGUUGUCAUUGAAGAUGGAUGUGAGUUAAAGCAUGCAAUAGUUUGUGAUGGGGUUAUAAUGAAGUCAGGAGCAAUUCUGGAACCGGGUGUUGUUUUAUCUUUCAAGGUUGUAAUUGGACAAAAGUUUGUUGUCCCUGCAUAUUCAAAAGUUUCCUUAUUUCCACAACCCACCAAGCAAGAUAGUGAUGAGGAAUUAGAAUAUGCUGACAGUAGUAGUGGAGCCGCAGAACUUUCACCUUUUACAGGAACAGUGGAUAAGUUGAAUAGGGAAAUUGCUUCAGAAUUAUCUGAGACACAAUGUGGACCCUCAUCUGAGCUUGGCACUGGUGGAGUUGGUUAUAUAUGGUCAAUAUGUGAAGGAGGGCUUGAAGAGGAAUGGAGACAUUCAAUUGCACCCAUUCCUCAGGAUAAACUCUCAAAUCUAAUCCAAGACAUAGAUGAUGAUCAAGAACUAUUAACUCAAGAUGGCAAUGCUCUCUCACCUUCUGCAGAAAUGAAAUCUGAUUCUGGCAGUGUAGAUUCUGAAGAUGAUGAUAAUGGAUACUCUAAAGAUGACUAUGCCUACUUUGAGAGAGAGGUUGAGGCAACAUUUUUAAGAGCAGUUAGUGAAAAUGUUGAAGUACAUCAUGCAACCUUAGAGGUGAAUGCACUGCGGUUGUCCUACAACAUGGCAUCGGUGGACUGUGCUGGAGCUAUUUUUUACUCAAUGAUGAAAUUGGCAUUAGAUUCUCCACAUACUUCUACUAGUAAACAUGCCUUCUAACCAUCUUUUUUUUUACCUUUCCCAUUUAUUCUUUUAGGUUAUCAAUUGUGCUCUGGUGUAUGCACAUACUAGUUAUGGUGAUUGCUGCAUCUGCUAUGAAAGAUAAUCAUGAUUAGACUUGAUAUAGAUUUUAGGUGAAAAAAAUAUUUAUAAAACCAUAUCCAUAUCUGAUAGUUGCUGGUAUUUUUCCUGCAUAUUUCUGCUUGGUUCAAUUGUUUGAAUGAGAAGGAUGCACCUGCACAAAUGCAUCCUUACAAAAAUGUUGUGGGUGUGGCACUACCAUUCCUCUUUUAUUCUCCUUGUUUAUUUCUUUUUCUUUUCAUCAUAUCCUAUGCAGUUUACACACACACACACACACACAUGUUAACAAUCAGUAGUUAUCUUUAUGUAUAGCAUGGAUACAACUAAUAGUUCUUUGAUCUACCUCUCAGGUGAAUUGCUUAAAAAUGCUGCUAAUGUCAUCACAUCAUGGCAAGAACUUCUGAAGUCCUUUGUUCGUGAUAUAGAUGAAGGGAUUGAAGUGAUUCUCAAAUUUGAAGAAAUGUGUCUGGAAUCUGCUAAGGAGUUCUUUCCAUUGUUUCAGCAGAUUUUGCAUCUUCUGUAUGAAAAAGACAUUCUACAAGAAGAUGCUAUUUUAAGGUGGGCUGAUGAAAAGGAAGGGGCUGAUGAAUCAGAUAAAGUGUUUAUUAAGCAGUCGGAAAAAUUCAUUCAAUGGUUGAGAGAAGCACCUGAAGAAGAAGAAUAAGGUUAGAUUGGCUGCUUUUGUCAUUGGCUCUUGGCGAUCUGUGGUUCUUGAACCUAUCCAAUUGUGCGAUUCUAGUUAAGAAAAUGAAUCACGCGCCUGAUUUUUGUAAUAUACUUUCCACAUGGUGAAGACAUGGAAAAUUUCCGAAAAUAUAAUAACAAAGUUUUGUGUUCCCUUCUAUUGUAUCCUUUUUUCUUUUACAUGCUCAAACAUAUCUGUU